AGAGAGAGAUAGUGAGGAGGAGGGAGAGGACACUUUAUUAACUUUUUUAUGAUGCACGCAUCCAUGGCAGAAUAGAGAGGGGGGAAGGGUACAGAUUACUCUCUGGCGAAGACACAAGGGGUGUGGAAGACAAGAAACAAGAGAUUAGAACCAGAAACCAGAAACCAGAAACCAGUAACCACCACCAACUAGAACCUCUUCAAACUCAAACCAGAGGAGAGAGAGAUAGAGUUAAAGAUAUGAGCUGAACUUAAGCUGUGGAACAAGCUCUCAGAUUUGUUGUGAAGUGAGAAGAAGAAAUAAGAAGAAGAAAAGGAAGAAGCUUUGGUUUGGAAAUGGUGGCCUGGGAAGAUAAAGAAGCACUCUUUACACGUAUUGGUGAAAUGGGUUCGUUUUGCUUGAGGUUUUGAGGCUGAUGGCACCCAAAGAGUGGCUUCUGGGUGUGAAUUUGAGAGGUCUGGAAAGCAAAGGAGGGACCUUGAGCUCUGCAAAUCUGGAGAGACCUUGCUAAAGUGUUAGUCUGAUCAAUCCUCUGUAUAAUAGGUUUGAAGUUAAGUUUGAGUUUGGUAAAAUUGUAAGAGAGGGAUGCCCUUUCAAUUUCAGCAACAGGGGAAGGGGGUCUUGGAAAUUACAGCGGCAUCAAUCUGUGACUGGAACCACCACAACAAGAAACAAGAGGAGCUUUUCAUCAACAACAGCUUCGUCAGCAACGAACCCACCUCUGUUCUUCAUAUGAGAAGAAGCCCGAGCCCACCCACUUCGGCUUCCACUCUCUCCUCCUCCUUUAACGGCGCCAACAACACUACCACCACGCCGCUCCUUCAGGAGACCUCCCCGGUGGGACCCGACCCCGACACGGCGGCGGCGCGCAGCAAAGAUGAGUGGGGUGCCUGCGAGCUUCAGUCCAUUCCCAGCGGCGGUCUGGAGGCCAUGACCGGAUCGGGCGGUGGGAGAUGCGGCGGUCUUGGGCUGGACGACUGGGAGACCAUGCUGUCGGAGACCGCGGCGUCCCCGGGCCAAGACCACUCGCUGCUCCGGUGGAUCUCGGGGGACGUUGACGACGCGUCGUUCGGGCUCAAGCAGCUGUUGCAGAGCGGGAACAACAACAACAGUACUAACUCUCUUGAGUUUGAUGGCAAUGCUGGUCUCGGAAGUGUUGAUCAAGGCUCCGGUUUCGACCACAUCGGAAGCAGCGUUUCCGGCCUCAAUAAUACAUUCUCCGGCGGUUCUUCUGGGUUCAACACUGUUAAUGGGAGGAUCGGUUAUGUCCCCAGCUCUUCUUCGCCGAUGAAUUACAAGCUGUUGAACAAUAACAGCAACCCGAAUUUCGCCAAUUCAGCGCUUCCGGUUUCGCUACCUCAUAAUGGAAUUGGUUAUCAGAACCAGCAACACCAAGACGAGAAGCCUCAGAUUCUGAACCCACAGCUGUUCAUGAACCAGCACCAGUCUCAGCUCCCUAAUCAGAAUCAUCCAAACUUUUUCGUGCCAGUGACUUAUGGUGGUCAGCAGGAGCAGCACUUUCUUCAGUCCCAGCCCAAGCGCCACAACCCAGGUGGCGGUGGAGGACUAGACCCGGGUUCUCAGAUCCACCAAAAGGUCCAGUUUUCCGAUCCGGGUCAUGAGUUUCUGCUCAGAAAGCAACACCUUCAGCAGCAGCCCCAUUUUGGUAACUUCCCUCCGGGAAUGCAGUUUCUUCCUCAGCCGAGGCCGGUGGUGGUGCCGAAACAGAAGGGGGGAGGCGAAGAAAUGGCGGCGGCAGCUGCAGCUCACCAGAACCAGCAGCAGCAACUGCUGCAGCAUAGUUUGCUGGACCAGCUCUAUAAGGCCGCAGAAAUGUUAGGUACUGGGAACUUUUCACACGCGCAGGCGAUAUUGGCGCGGCUCAAUCACCAGCUCUCCCCUGUUGGAAAGCCCCUUCAGCGGGCUGCUUUCUAUUUCAAGGAGGCUUUGCAACUCCUCCUCCUUAUGAACAACCCAGCAACCCCUCCUCCACCGAGAACCCCGACCCCUUUUGAUGUCAUUUUCAAAAUGGGGGCUUACAAAGUCUUCUCUGAAGUGUCUCCAUUGAUUCAGUUUGUCAAUUUUACUUGCAACCAGGCUCUACUUGAGGCCGUCUCCGAAGCUGAUCAGAUUCACAUUGUUGAUUUUGAUAUAGGGUUUGGUGCUCACUGGGCCUCCUUUAUGCAGGAGCUUCCAUUAAGGAAUAGGGGUGGUACUUCCCCCUCACUCAAAAUCACUGCUUUUGCCUCUCCUUCUACCCAUCACACGGUUGAGCUCAGUCUUAUGCGUGAUAAUUUAACCCAAUUUGCUGAGGAGAUUGGCUUAGGUUUUGAGCUUGAAGUUGUUAACAUUGAUUUGUUGGACCAAAACUCAUACUCACUGCCAUUUUUCCACGCAAAUGACAAUGAGGCAGUUGCUGUGAAUUUCCCCAUUUGGUCUAGUUCGAAUCAGCCGGCAGCUUUGCCCAAUCUCCUUCGCUUUGUGAAACACCUCUCCCCAAAGAUUGUGGUGUCUUUGGAUAGAGGGUGUGAUAGGAGUGACCUUCCAUUCCCACAGCACAUUCUGCAGGCCCUCCAGUCCUACAUAAAUCUCUUGGAAUCUCUUGAUGCGGUAAAUGUAACUUCGGAUGCUGUGAACAAAAUUGAGAGGUUCCUCCUCCAGCCUAAGAUUGAGAGCACUGUUUUGGGGCGUCUUCGAACUCCUGACAAAAUGCCCCUUUGGAAAACGCUUUUUGCCUCAGCUGGUUUCUUCCCAUUAUCCUUCAGUAACUUCACAGAGACUCAGGCGGAAUGUGUGGUCAAGAGGAGUACAGCAAGAGGGUUUCAUGUCGAGAAGCGUCAAGAGUCACUUGUGCUAUGCUGGCAGCGUAGAGAGCUCAUCUCAGCUUCAGCAUGGAGGUGCUGAUCAGGAGCAGCAUUUUGAGACGAGCAGAGGGAGGUUGGUUUUUUUUGCAACUCACAAUUUAUGGCAGAGGUUUCCAGCUUACUCUACCCUUAUAAUAUGUCAAUAAGUAUUGAACUAUGUUCUGAAUUGGCACCUCUGUUAUGACUUAAUCCUUGUGGUCCAUUGUCA